CUUACAUACUUUCCCCUUAUAAUGUUAUGAACAUGAUCAAUGACAGAACAGAAUUAUGUAAAACAUAUGAUUUGAAUGUAAAAACAAACUAUAUAAAUCAUGGCGGGACAUGCCAUGCCAGCAAUAUGUGGACCUUGCUUAGAAGGAGGUAAUAAGAAUCCAUCUGUGAAAUGGUGUACUAUUUGUGAAGAACAGUUGUGUCCAGGGUGUGUCCAACAUCAUCAAUCUUUAAAACUCACAAGAAAUCAUUAUUUAACAGAAAUAAGAAAUGAUGCUUCUUCUUCAUAUGCUACAGAAAACAAAGGAACAACCCUCAACACACCUGAAACAUGCAUAAGUCACCCAUCAGUUGAAAUACAGUUUUAUUGCAAGAAACAUGAUAUUAUGUUAUGUGAUGCUUGUCUGGGUUCACACCAUUCAUGUAAUACAUGUAGUGAUAUAGUUCCUAUCGACCUUGCUUCCAAUGGGACAAAAAAUUCACAAAAUUUCCACAGUAUUCAAACAGAAAUUACAAAUAUUUUACAAAGUUUCAGUGCUAUUCUUGCAAAUAAGCAGACAGUUGAACAGAUAUUUUCUAACGAGGUUUCUUCAGCAAAAAAGAAAAUUGAUGAAAUAAGACUAGAACUAGUUAGGUAUCUUGAGGAAAUGAUUGAUAAAACAUUAUUGAAGGAUGUUGAAAGUCAAGAAAAAGAAGUUCUCAAUCAAUUGAUGAAAGACAAAACAGUUGCAGAAGAUGGACGAAAAGAAGCAGCUUGGUUCUUAGACGAAAUGUCUUCCAUACUGAAUACCGGAUCAGAUAAACAAGCAUUUAUGUUACUGCAAAGAUUGAAAGCUUUCAAGAACGUAAGGGACCUACAAGUGAAAGAAAUGUCUUACAACAUGCAGGCAUAUUCGUUGAAAAUGGAACUGACUGAUCCUGUUGAAUUGUGUUCUAAAAUGGAAUUACUUUUUGGAAAAGUAAAUAUGGAGUCAACACCAUACAAUGUGAACAUGAUGCAAGGUAUGAAAAUAUCAGCUAUUUGUGCAACACCUGGAGAGUCAAUAAAGACUGAAAAAUUUGUAUACAGUGUAUCAAUAACGGACGCUGGUCAUCUUCUUGUUGUUGAAUUGAACCUUUUUUCAUCCUCAAAGGUGUUUUUAUUUAAUGAUGCUGGAGGUCAUAUAAGUGAUAUUAAAAUUCCAGGCACACCAACAGAUAGCACUGCAGUUCCUGGUGGAAGUAAAGCUAUUGUAUUAGUUGACAAUAAAAAACUUCUAUUCCUGGAAAAAGAUGGUACCAGUACACUUCAUUGCAAAAACAUCAUGAAGAUGGCAAAAGGUUGUAAUCUUAUAACUGCCUCAUGGAAUAAAUUAUAUAUCGCUUAUAAAAGUGAAAUUAUUGUAAUGGAUAUCAAUGGUCAUGAUGUUCAAUAUUUGAAGACCCUUAAAAUGCACGACUUACAGAUUCAAGCUUUUAGUGUUGGUAGGGAUGAUGAAGUGUAUUAUGCAAUUGCAGAUCGUUUAUAUUGUAUGAAGGAUUAUGGUGAGGAGGUUUGUCUAUACCAAACACAAGAUUUGAAAGAGGUUUCUGGAAUUGUUCUUGACACAGAAGGAAAUGUUUACAUUUGUGGUAAGAAAUCAAACAAUAUUCAUGUCUUGAAACAAAAGGAUAGUUCUGCACAGGUUUUGUUGAGGGAAGGAGAUGGUCUACAAAGACCCAAUGGUAUUUGCUUUGACAAGUUCAGAAACAAGUUAUUUGUAUAUUAUGAAUCUUCUUAUGAUCCUAUUCAAGUUUACAAUGUUACAAUGUAGAUGAUACAUCUGACAUGAAAACAUAACAUGAAGGAAACCCAUAAGGGAGCAACAAUUUAACUUCAACAGAGGGGUAAUGCCAGUUUCUUGUCCGAGUCCAGAAAAAAAUGCGCAAAGUACAAACACUUUUUUUUUUUAGUUUUUUCGAUGCUAUUAAUCAAAUUAUUUUUUUGAAAAUUUAAAACUUUUAUGGGGAAAAACUGGUUUUAGAAUAAAAAAAUUUCAUCUGCUUGACAACAUUUUUUGAAUCAGAAUAUUUGAGAUAAUAAGCCUCCAGGACAAGGUGCAGGAUUUUCUUGCUGUAUUGAAGACCCAUUGGUGGCAUUAGGCUGUUUUCUGCUCUUUGGGUCGGUUGUUGUCUCUUUGAAACAUUCUCCAUUUCCAUUCUCAAUUUUAAAUAUACUUUAUAUAACAUGUAUACAAUGUAUUUGUUUUAUUAACCAUUGUUAGUUUUAUAGGUAUUUAUAUAUAGUAUGCAUGUUAUAAGCUAUUUAUUUAUGUAUUGUUAUUGAUAAAUAAAUUGUAUCUCUAGAUCUG